AUGGCAGAGCAAGGUCUAGAUCGCUCGAGAGAGGAUAUUGAGUCUUUGGCCAGGAGGAUAAUAGCUGAUCACAUGAGAUUUGUUUGUGCAGAUAAGGCACUGAUACUAUGGAAUAGAAGGUAUCGAAAGGAUAAUGAUGAUCCAGAAAACGAUAAAGAGCUCUAUUCAUCAAUCUCUACAAGAAAAAGGAUUUUAUCUCUCAUAGAGAAGAAGUGUACAAAUGAUGCUUUUAAAAUAUGCGAAGACUUAAAACUAUUUGACCUAGGAAUUGAGAAUGAAGCUUCGGUAAAAGAGACUUUGUCAAAGCUAGUUUUUGUUGAUUUUCUACGAGCAAGAAAACAUAUAGAAGCUAUAGAAUUUGCAAGGACAUUUAUAAAUGAUGAAAAUGAAAAUGACAAGCUAUUUACUCUGAUAGGAUACGAAGAUAUAAAUGACGCCAGAUUUCUUGAAAUUGCUGAUUCUAUCAAAAGAGAAAAGGUUGUGGAAAUCCUAAACAAGCAUUUGUUCGGGAAGGAAGUUGGAAGGCAGCUUUCCUUGCUAUCCCUAGCUUUAAACCAUUACAACUCAAUUCUGAAAUACCAAAGAAAGUAG